AGCAUGAAAAAAGAAUACUUUUCAGAUUGCAGGGCUGAAUCAGAAAAAUGGAUAUCCGAGUCAAACUUUGAUACUCAGGGAAAACCAGAUAAACGAAGAUGCUACUUUAAAGUUGGAGUUGCAAAAUGCAUAUUUGAAAAGUUGUCUACGGAUUGUGGAACAACUGCAACAGAAUUGAUUCUGCACUUUGGAAAGGGAGACAUUCUGUGGCAUCUACUCUGUCCUGGUGACCAAUAUGGGAUCAAAAAUGAGAUGAAUGGCAUGGGAUUCUCUUUUGAACCAAAAGAUACCGAUGAGGAAUUUAAAGCCAAGUGUGAAGACGAAGCAUAGUUGUGGGAGAAAAGUCAUUAACUUCACAUAAUAAAGCUUUAUUAGUUUUAAUUUUUGUUAUAUUUAAAAAUGAUAAAGAUUUUGAUAAGUGA